AUGCUCGUUGACCUCUCACUCACAGCUAUCCUGCCGUCAUUUCACAACAUUCCUGUUGUGGUGGAACUCUACAGUCCGCAACAUCUUUCCCUCUUCCCGCCCUACGCAGAUGACGAUUUCCUUCGCCAAAAGGCCGAGGUGGACUUUGUGUUUGAGCCAAACUACAUCAUCGGUAACGCCCUUAGCAGACAUAUGCUGUUUCCUUUGGUACACCGCAUGUACUUCAUGGAGGAAUUCAUUGACAUCAUUGACAUGCUUGUGUGCGGUAUGGAUGAUGAGACGCCAUCGUUGGGACGAAUUCCACUUGCUCUUGUACCUGAAGCUCUGAAGACGUAUGAUGAUGUUGUGAACUAUUGCCUCAGCGUAUGCUAUUUGCCCAUUGGCCUGCACCGCCGUAUUGCUGACACACAAAACUUAUCCCUUAAUGGACAACGCUUUGUGCUGACAAAUCCACCGCGAAACCUCCCAGUUGACCGUGAAGGCGACGCCGUAUUCUACCUGCUACCUACUUGA